GUCCUCUGCAGUUUGCAAUUUGUGCAUUGCGUCUCCGUCUGUCAAACACUCAAUUCUCAAAUCCACUGUCAAAUCACACUCACCUCAUGGGCGUCAUUAGAAGCUCAUAAGUGCUCUCAACUUCAUCUUCAUAUUUAUCGUUGAACGGUUUCUGAUUCUUCAAUUUCGGAGAACAUUCUAAUCAACACGGAUGACGCUUCAACUUGCAUUGCCGCCGUCACAGCUGCCCAGACCCUACAGCUGUCCGCCGCUCCUCCGCCUCUCUUCUACCACUCCCACUGGCCGCUGGUGGUCAGCGGUUGGUUAUUCUCCUCCUCGUUCGUUGUCCUUCUCCUCCAUCCCGCCAAGUCUCCAUCUUCACACUCAUCUCUCUGAGGGGUGCUCUUUCAUCCAAGCUGCUUGGACCCGAAGAUCUCGAAGUGAAGCUGCAAAGAAACCUAACAGGAAAUCAUGGAAGCAGAGGACAGAUAUGUACAUGAGACCGUUCUUACUAAACGUUUUCUUUUCAAAAAGAUUCAUUCACGCUAAGGUGAUGCACCGAGGGACAAGCAAAGUGAUCUCUGUCGCUACCACAAACGGCAAGGAUCUUCGAAACUCUCUCCCCUCCUUGACAGAUCACAAUGCUUGUAGAGUGGUUGGAAGGCUCAUUGCCGAGCGAUCAAAGGAGGCUGAUGUAUAUGCAUUGGCUUAUGAACCAAGAAACAAUGAAAGGAUUGAAGGUAAACUGGGUAUUGUUAUCGAUACCAUUAAAGAAAAUGGAGUAAUUUUUGUUUGAGUUCAUUCCCUAUCAAUAUAUAUAUUGGUCAGAACUUCAGAUGUAGCCACCUUAAAUGAAUAUUCUAAUUUACAAAA